UAUACUACUUUCCUCUCUCUCUCUCUCUCUCUCUCUAUGAGUAAUAACGCUUCAAAGGGCGUAGCUCCAAUGAGUGGUUCUGAAUAUUCAAGUUCUGACUCAGAGGCGACUCUGGAUGACAUUCCUCCUAUAGUGAUUGAUGCAGAUUUAGAGGAAGAGGAAAAUAUGUCUGAUAUGUCAUCCAUGUUGAAUCUUCAAGGUCCAGAUAAGCUUGGCAAUAAUCAACCUUUGGAUAUUGUACCUUUGAACUCCAUUCCCUUCAGGCAAGAGGUGGCUUUUCACCAAAAAGUGGAUUCGAGUAAAGAAGAGGUUCCGGUUCCUCAAUGGAUGAAACAACUCGAUAACUACAAAGAUGGGGACUGGACAGUGUUCCUUCAAAUAAGGGAUGAUGGACAUAAAGAUUGGUUCUACUAUCAUCAGAAAUACAAAAAACAGUUACGGUCCAGGUCAGACGUUAAACUAUUUUUGAAAACAACCCUAGUCAACGGGACAGAUAUGUUCAAAGGACAAAAGCUACAGAAGAAGAGGACAAUGGAUUCCUAUGGCGAACGUAGUGGAGGAAGUAAAUCCAACAAGGGAGAAAAGAAGAAUACCAGUUCUAAGAAAAGCAAGAAGGCCUUGAGUAAUGGAGAUUACCCUGUGAUGCCGAAGAAGCUGACUCUGCCUCAUGGUUUUGUGUAAUUUCGAUUCAAACUGCAUAUGCCAAAAGCUGGGAGAGGGAACAACGAAUAAGCCUAUUACUUGGCUAGCUAAACUAUUUUCCAUGGUACCCUUAAGAAUAAGUGCACUCUGCAUCAAACCGUUGAUGAUGCUUCUCAGUUAUCAGUUGUUUUUUCGUUGAUGUUUGCUUGUAACUCGAGUACUGUACCGUUAAUCUGCAUGUGCUAGCUAUAUGGUUGGAUUCAAAUUUGAUAUUGGCUGAUAGCAAUUAUGUUGGAUGAUAUUUAGUACAUCA